CUAUGCCUUUUGGCCCCAUUCUCAUUCCGUUGCUAACAAAACUGCGCAAAGACUUUCUCAACAAAACCAAUACAAGACGGUUAUCUAAGUCUACUCUUUCAACCAUCCAUCCCCUAUUCCAUCUUCCUAUUCCUAUAUUAUCAAUCAAUAAAAUUUCACUCCUUAUACGUUCUUCUCCUUCUUCCCUUUAAUUUCUGCCUCUCUCUCGCUCUUUCCUUCCUUUAACAAUUAACUAGAGACGACCCAAUUGACUUCCAGAUCUUUUUCCAGGGAAAAGUUUUGAUUUUUGGAUCGUUUUGUGGUAAGAGUUAGAUGUUGACUGAUAGACGGAAAGUUUGAGGUGGGGCUGGAUUAUAUGGACAGUCUUUGUUGCUUCAGCUCUGUCAGCCAGGUGGUUGGAGGAAGAUCUUCAUCUAACUCUGGCAAGGGCAAGAGCAGUCAGUCCUCAGUCAAAUAUGGCUAUAGCCUAGUCAAAGGGAAAGCAAACCAUCCCAUGGAGGACUACCAUGUAGCAAAAUUUGUCGAGUUUAAUGGGCGAGAGCUUGGCCUUUUUGCUAUAUAUGAUGGACACCUGGGAGACAGUGUACCAGCCUAUUUACAAAAGCAUCUGUUUCCUAAUAUCUUGAAGGAAGAGGACUUCUGGAAUGAUCCAUUCAUGUCCAUUUCUAAUGCCUAUGUAACAACAGAUCAGGAAAUUCUUUCUCAUAGUCCUGAUUUGGGACGAGGAGGAUCAACUGCAGUGACUGCAAUUCUCAUAAAUAAUCAGAAAUUAUGGGUAGCCAAUGUAGGAGAUUCUCGAGCUGUUGUGUCAAGGGGAGGGGAGGCUGCACAGAUGACAACUGAUCAUGAGCCCAAUACUGAGAGGGGCAGCAUUGAGACAAGAGGUGGCUUUGUCUCAAACAUGCCAGGUGAUGUUGCAAGAGUGAAUGGGCAGCUAGCAGUUUCUCGAGCCUUUGGAGACAAAAACCUCAAAACACACUUGCGAUCUGAUCCUGACAUUCAGUACGCUGAUAUCACCCCAGAUGUUGAACUUUUGAUACUUGCUAGUGAUGGUCUAUGGAAGGUAAUGGGAAAUCAAGAAGCUGUUGAUAUUGCAAGAAGAAUAAAGGAUCCACAAAAAGCAGCCAAACAACUAGCCACUGAGGCAUUGAACAGAGACAGUAAGGAUGAUAUUUCCUGCAUUGUAGUUCGUUUCAAGGGUUGAAAAUUGGAACAUACACACUCUCUAAAAUCAGGGUAUAUAUUUAUAUAUAUAUUAUUCUACAAAUCAAGAUGCAAUUCCAUACCCAUGAAAAUCCAUCAUUAAUUUGGAAUAUCCUGCAAAAUAGGUUUUGCCCCUUCCCUUCAUAUGUAAAAAUAUAAAAUUUAAAUUCUCGAAUUUAGGUCGUGGCGUUUAGUAUUUCUUGAUUUCUUCGUGGUGUAGAUUCACACAAUAAUUUUCUUUCAAUAUGCAUUAUUAUUAUUAUUAUUAUUA